AUGAGGUUUAUUACCAACCUUCUCCUUGCCGGCGUCCUCGCGUCCCCGAUCCUUUCCACCGCCAUCCCUGACAUGGGCGAGGCCGUGGACCUUGUUGAUCGAGACGUCUCUUCCGCCGAGGGCGAUGGCAACAAUCUCUUCGCCAGGAAGGUGAGGCUUCCCUGCCGGGUUCACGUGCCCAGGGGCUCCAAGGUCACCCAGUGUGCCGAGACGUGCUCACAAGACUCCCUCGGCCCUUCAUAG